AUGGACGACGAGAACGACGAUUCCAUGGAAACCCAACUCGACGGUGAGGACUUGGGCCAGUCCAUCACUGAUGAAGGUUUCUUGGCACAAGUCCAACAACGACAGCAAGAAACCAGCGGAAUGAAUCAGAUUCUGCAGUUGGUGACCGACAUGGACGUUCAGGAGCCAGGAACAUCGUCUUCAAGAAAUGUGAUGGAGUUCAGUGGAAUCCAACAGGAGUUGAACAAUAUCGAGAAGGAGCAUAAUGAAGUGCUCCAAAAACUCGAAGAAGCCUCGCGCUCCGAAUCUGUCCAUCAAGUUCCCGCGGCACUCACCAACAUUUUCGGAACCUGGAGAGUGCUUCCGAACCAAGAAGUCCACCCAUCAACCACAAUCACCCCAUACGCCCCAGCCUUCAUGUACAAAUACAUGUGGUACAAAUUGGAUGGAUUCAACCUCCAUUCGGUGCUCUUCACUGGGCACAAUCAUCAAAAAAGUGUGGAGACGAUUGGUUUGGAGACAAACGGGGACAUCGAAGGGACCAGGAAGAUGAUGUACGUCGAUAAGGAUCGAUUGGUCACUAGCCACCGAAGGCAAUCCGAUGGGAUGGAGGUGAUGAGAGUGGAAGUGUUUGUGGAGGAUGAGAAGCUGUACUACAUCUUCCAAAAGGAUCAAUAUCGGUACAUCCGACAGUAUGAGAGAGCUUUUCAAAGGACCUAA